AUGGGAAAUACCAUUACUGACGCGAAAAAACAGGAGCAAAAAGAAAAUGACGCCGAAAUCAAAGAAAUGCUAAAUACUAUGAACAACAUGAUGACGCAGAAGUGUGCUGCCAUAUCGGCCCAGUUUAAGGACGCAGCAGUUGCAGACCCAACCCUUCCCAUUGUAGCAGUCGUGGACAAAACAGAGAAGUACAUGCUCCAAAUCAAGCAAGUAGCUAACGAAGACGUAACAAAUGGUUUAAAUGAAGUUUUGUCCGGGGACUUUAUGCAAGGGUUAAAAGAUUCGAUCACGGGGGCCAUGAACGUUUUCUUGGGCGACGAAAGUGAAGGCGAGAGUCAAGAGACCGAUUUUCAUGUCGUGUACGCUAACAACAGCUUGCUGAGGGUCGACUACCUGAUGUACAAGUAUAAUUUCUCCUCCAAAGGAAUCCUGCAUAAAUUCGAGAACGCAUUCUGUUACGUCAUGCAGAUUGGUGUCCUCGACUUGGAGAAAGUGAAUUCCCAGGUUCUUUUGUACGAGAUGACCAAGUCCAUUGGCAAUGACAACCUCGAAAAUGCUGCAAGAGAGUUAGAUCAGCUAGCUCAGUUUGGCAAAAAGCUGUACGCCACCAUUCGUGACUUGAACGCCGCUGGUAAACCAGACGACGAGGAAAAGCGGGAGCCGAAAACAGAGGAAGGCGAGGAACACGACGAACAGGGAGACUAUUAA